ACAAAAACAUACAGCCAAACAUAAAUACUUAUUGAUAAAUAAAAUGAGUGCAACCAAAGAAGCUAAAGCCCUGAUAAAGGACAUCAGGGACACAAUUAAGUUGGGCAAGCAUGCGGAGGCCAUUCCAAAAUGCCAACGCCUGCUGAAAAUGGAGCCGACAAAUGCCAUGGGCUACUUGUUGCUCGGGGCUGCGUACCAAAAUCUGGACAAGGCUGAGGCGGCACGGAGUUUGCGGAAGUCUAUCGAGUAUACGGAGGGGCCAGCCACGACGGCGCUUCAAGGACUGGCCAAUUGUGCACCCAACGAUGAGCUGCCUGAGGUUUAUGAUCGGCUGGCGGAUCUGCUACCCGAAAAGGCAUUGGACUACUGGGAUAAGCUCUUCUCCUUGGCAUCGGAUGCCAAUGUAGCUCCUUCCUGUUUUAAAAUAUUUAAAAAGAGGACUGAGAAGACAGAGGACAUCAACUUUGCUAAAUUACAGGAAUAUUUGGGACGCAUUUGGUUCACACAUGAUUUUCAAAUUCCGUCAGAAGAAAAGGAACUUUACAAAACGACAAUGGAAGCGCUUUUAAAGAGCUCAGACGCAAAUACGAAAAAUAUCGUGUACAAACGCUACUUAAAGUGGCUCUACAAGGAAAAGAAUUAUGCCGCAUGCGUGCACCACGCCAGCAACAUGACCACUUCCCAUCCAAACGACGUCUACGGUUACGAGUGGAUCUGUAAGACGUACUGCGAAAACUAUGAGCAAGCCAACAGCGAUGAAUGGCAGCAGGAACUGAAGCAUCCUAUAGAAUUGUACGCCGAGCAGCUACUUGAGUUGAAUCCCAAUUCCAAUCUAGCUCUGCUCAUCAAGGCACUGCAUCAAUAUGCCAGUGGCCAGUAUGUCCAAGCCAGACAGCUCGCGUUCCAGGCCCAGUUGUCGCACCCAACCUACAAGGUAACUCUGAUACUUCUCGCACGAAUUCAUAUGGACUUGGGAGCCUUUAGGCUGGCUCUCAAACUGUGGUUGCAGCUGGGCCAGGAAGAUGGAGCUGUGGCGGAGUGUAUAUCGUACGAAACCGACGAGUCCCAGCUUAAAGAAGCUAUUCGUGUUUUGAAAACACUGGAAAAAUCUCAGAGUAACCUUAAAACUUUAGCUCGAUGCUUCUAUAAAAUGGGCGAGGUACAACUUGUAAAGGACUUACCUCUAGAUGCUGUAUCUAAAGCAGAGUUUUUAUUACCGCCAGAGGAAGCCCUUGCGACCCUGGCUAAUGAUGAGUCCUUUGAUGCGCUGUUUCUGAGUGGAAAAAUAAACAUGGAAUUGAAGAACUAUGCCGAUGCUUUGAACUGCAUUUUGAAGGCUACUCGUCUUCGACCGCAUUACUCAGAGUGCUUCGAUUACCUGGGAAGGCUGUAUCCUCUGACUACAGGGGACAUGGCUCGGGCCAGAAAGUGCUACGAAAAGUGCAUCAGCCUCAAUCCCUUAGCCGAAGAGGCGGUGGACGCCCUGAGCUUCAUAUACCAGGAGCUUGGAGAGGAGGAGCUCAACGAGGCUUUGUUGCUGAAUACACUGAAGCACCUGAGCAGUGACGAGUCUAUCCGCUUGCAGUAUAAGCUUGGUCUGCACUUCCAGAAGGUUAAAAAGUGGGAUAAUGCCAUUCAGUCGUUCCGUGAUGUCAUAAAGCAGGACGCCAAGUGCAUGGUGUACUGGGAAUCGUUGGGCGAUGCGUACGCAGCACGCGGCUCCUACAAUUCUGCCAUUCGUGUCUUCCAAAAAAUUCUUGAGUUCACCCCGGAGAACAGCUAUGCCCUGCUCCAGCUGGCAUCUAUAAAAACGACCAUUCGAAUGUAUCCAGAAGCGAUUGGGGAUUUCGCUUCCCUUUUAAAACUGAAUCCUACAUAUUUACCCGGUUUGAAGGGAGCGGCCGAAGCACACAUAGGCUUGGCCAACAGCCUCAAAGGCCAAAACCUGUAUGGUAGGGCCAAGGAGCAUUGGCAGUUGGCCGCCGACUAUCUUCAAAGUGCAUUUCACCAACCCGAAGCUCAUGGCAUGGUCUGGUUGUGGCGCUUAAUGGCUAGCGUCUUUGUCCAAACGGCCCAGCUGCCCGCCUCGCUGGCCAAUUUGGAUGUGGCUGGUAGCCUGGCGAAACGAGAGGAGCCUGUAGCCUACUUGUCCCGCAAGGAUCUCCUGCUGCUGGCUCAGCGUUUCUAUCUAUGUGCCUUGAAACUGAAGCAAAACACUUAUCUGUGGUAUGAGCUUGCUCUGUCCAGCUACUUCAGCGCCCUUUACAUUCCCGAGGAGGCCAAGAGCCAUUUAGAUACGGCCGAAAGAGUUUGCAAGAUGGCUAUUAAGGAGCGCGGAAACCGCUGGCAAAACUGGAAUCUCCUCGGAGUAAUUAAUAUGCACUCGGAUCACGAAAACUUGCCGUUGGCCCAGCACUGUUUCAUACAGGCCGUGGAGCUGGAACGAAAGUGUUUCACGGCCUGGACGAACCUCGGGGUUCUGUACGUAAAAAUAGACAAAAUUCGGCUAGCCAACGAGGCCUUCACCCGGGCGCAACAGGCUUGCCCGACGUACGCCAACGCCUGGAUAGGCCAGGCCAUAGUGGCGGAGACAAUUGGGGAGCAAGAGGAGGCCUUCGAUCUCUUCCGGCAUUGCCAACAAUUCGAGUACCACCCCGAGGCGGCGAUUGGCUUUGCACACUGGGUGUGCGGAGUGCUAUCCGAUCCGAAGUCCUUGGAAAAGCCGCACAACAAGCACGCCAUAGAGCACAUGCAUGCCGAUGUCUAUGCUCUUGAUGCAAUCAACUGGUACGUGCAAAAUGAGGAAACAGAUACUAGUGUUGCUGCCCUCACCUUCCAGGGAUUCCUGUGUGCCCGUCAAAAACUGUAUAAUCUGGCAGUGGAUGCUUUCUCCCGAGCUUGCAAGCUAUGUGAGCCUGGGGCAGACCGGGACAAGUUGUACACCAACUUGGGAUACCUGUACUUGCAGCUCAAUGAACCGGACAAAGCAGUUAACGCGUUAAACACGGUGGCCCACGCCACGUUUAAACCAAUUAUCGGCCUGGCUUUGGCGUAUUUUCGAGCCGGAAAGUUACUUGAAUCGUAUUCCAUUUACCACUCGGUGCUGGAGAAUGUAGUCAGGCAGGAGGAUGAUAAGGCUACCAUCUUGGUGGCCAUGGCGUCCAUGACCUACGCCUAUGAGCGCGAGGCAGACACCAAGACUCUCCUUGAUCAGUGCUUUCGUCUAAAUGGAGUGCCGAUACAGGCUUUGUAUUCUGCUUGUGCCCUGGGUAUACUUCAUCGGGACAAUGAGCUAAGCCUUAAGGUGAUGGCGAAGCUAAGGGCUUAUGCUUUAGAGGAGAAGUACUGUGAUGAGAUUACUUACCUAACCGCCCACUACAUCCUCAUAAAUGAAGGCACCGAUAAGGCGUUGCGCUAUUUCCAGUCCCGUGUUCGAAUGUUUCCCCAGUCAGCCGACCUUCGUAAGGUGUUCUUAAAGUUUCUACUAGAUUACUUUGUUCAGGAACCCUCCCUUAAAUUAGCCACAUCUAAUGUGGCUUUGAUAGCCCUCACUCUAGGGCACACUAAUCUACAAAAUAGUGUUAAGGCCAGUGAGGAGGCCGAGACUACAAUCUUUGCCAGCCAGGCCGUAAGUCCCGUGGACCAGAUCCUCGCCUCCAAAUUACUGCAGCGCGCAAUCCGACUGAACCCAACCAACCAGAAGGCCAAAACAUUACUUGCUGAAAUAAUCGCCCACUAACACCCCAUACAUUUUAAGAAAAAAAGUUAAAAAAUGUAUUUAACAAAAAUGUUUCAAUAAUUUAAGCUUCUUUUACGUAAAUAAUCGGAUUUACGGAUCAAGAAUAAAAGCUUUUAAUUGCAAUCUAAUUUUAUUUCAAAUUCGAAAAUUUAUUAAAUAUGCCCAAUAUAGUUGGAUUCCCCCUUAAUUAGAAUUCAGACACCCAGUGUGAAAGGCGGUAGUGUUGAAAAAUACAGGUAGAAAGUGUGACCGUUCGCAUGGCGUUCGAUGCGUCGGGGUGAAGCCAAGUCUAACGAAAAAACAGAAAAAAAACGAAAAGUGUCUGUGAAAUUGCCAAAAUGUUAACAAAAUAAUAGCGCUGAUAGUAAAUGGAGGCAAUGUGCUGCAGGAAUAGCUAGAAAUACAAAAGAAAACCGACCGAGAGGUAUGCACUCCGCCCUGCAUACCUGCAUAUAGAAAACCUGCUGCCGCGGCCGUAAUUACAGUUAGACACUAAAAUAGCUGCACGGUCAGGUUGUUGAUAGGGGGGCU